GAGAUCAACGGGAGGGUCGUGCAGUUCCCAGCACAAGGCAAGGCACACGUCAAGGUGAAGAUUGAGGGUCAGCAGUGCGACAUGGAGGUGGACUCCGGAUCUGGAUUCACUAUCGUGUCGGACCAGACCGCGAGGACAUUCUUCCCCAGGG